AUGCGUAUCGCGCGGUGUACAGUUCGAAAUAUACAUCUAGGACUUCUAAGACGAACAUCGCCCGUUCCACGAUACAUCCUUCUCCAGUUCUCGCAAACGCCUCCUCACUCAACAAGAUGGGCUAGGCAUUUCGCGUCCUCAUCGCGAAGAUGGCAGACGCAACCGCAAAAGGUGCAGCUCCGGCCGUAUCAACAGGAGAGCAUCCAGUCUGUCCUGGAGUACAUUGCCAAAGGCGAAAAAAGGCUGGCAAUCUCGCUAGCCACAGGGAGUGGCAAGACGGUCAUCUUCAGUCACUUGAUAGCCCAAGUCCCGUCUCCCACCACUGAUGCGACGCAGACUCUCAUCCUUGCUCACAGGCGGGAGCUUGUCGAGCAAGCAGCGCGCCACUGCCAGAACUUAUACUCGGACAAGACAGUCGAGAUCGAAAUGGCGAAUAGACACGCCUCCGGUCUCGCGGAUAUUACUGUCGCGUCCGUUCAGAGUUUGACGCGAGGUGCAAGGUUAAUGAACUACGACCCGGAUCGGUUCAAACUCGUGUUGGUCGACGAGGCUCAUCACAUCGUGGCGUCCGGAUAUAUGGAUGUUCUUCGACAUUUUCGCCUCGCGGAUGCUGCUGAAUAUGGACCUGCUUGCCUUGUUGGAGUAUCGGCGACGCUCUCACGACACGAUGGAAUGCGGCUUGGCGCGGCGAUAGAUCACAUUGUCUACCACAAAGAUUAUCUGGAUAUGAUCGAGGAUCAAUGGCUGUCGAAUUUGCUUUUCACGACUGUCCAGUCUGAAGCCAAGCUCGAUAAUGUCAAGACGCAAUCACAUGGCGACUUUCAGACUGGAGCUCUUUCCAAGGCUGUCAACAAUGAUGUUACCAACUCUAUCACAGUCCGCGCGUGGAUGACCAAGGCAAAGGAUCGAAAGUCUACUCUCGUAUUCUGCGUGGACCUUGCGCACGUCGCAGCCUUGACAGCGACGUUUCGCGCACAUGGUAUAGAUGCUCGUUUCGUCACAAGCGACACGCCCACCAAAGUUCGGGACGAGCGGCUGGAAGCGUUCAAGAAUGGCGAGUUUCCCGUACUCUUGAACUGCGGCAUCUACACUGAAGGAACUGACAUCCAGAACAUUGACUGCAUCGUCCUCGCACGACCUACUCAAUCACGCAACUUGCUCAUGCAAAUGAUUGGACGAGGCCUGAGGUUACAUCCAGACAAGGAGAAUUGUCAUGUGAUUGACAUGGUAGCCUCACUGGAGACGGGCAUCGUAUCUUCACCAACCUUAUUCGGGUUGGAUUCGGAUGCACUACUGAACGAAGCUCAGGGCAAGGAUCUCAAAGCUGCUAAAGAGCGUCGGCAGAAGGAACGGGAACGCGAAGACCAGGCAGCGACGGCGACUGCCAAUAAUCAGUUGAUCGAGCUACAGGGCAAUGUCACGUUUACGGAUUAUGACAAUGUCAAUGACUUGAUUGACGACACUGCAGGAGAACGCCACGUUCGACAGCUCUCGAGAAAUGCUUGGGUGCAGAUCAGUGAUGAGAAGUAUAUCCUUUCGAACCAGGACGGAAGCUUCAUCAGGAUCCAACGAGGAGAUGGAGACGCAGAUGCGGACCACUUUGUCGUGACAUAUACCAGGAAAGUCGCAGGAUCCGAAGGCACUAAUAGCAAGAUCCUCGCUCGGCCAAGAAAUAUCGCAAAAGCCUCGACAUUUGAAGAUGCGGUUCGUGCGGCCGACACGUUUGUCAGCAAGAUCUUCCCGUUUGAGUUCAUUGCGCACUCUGCUCGAUGGAGGAGAGCGCCGGCAUCGAGUGGGCAGAUUGAUUUCUUGAACAAAUACCGCUCGAAGGACGAAAAGUUGGAAUAUGGUUCGAUCACGAAAGGGAGGGCUGGAGACCGGAUUACCAAGUUGAGGCAUGGUGCAAAGGGAAGCUUUAAUCGACAUGUUGCGCGGAAGAGGAGUGCCGUGAAGGUGCAGAAGAAGAAGGCGGCGUGGAAGGAGAGGCUUGACAAGAGUCAAGUAAGAGUUGGGAAGGUGAUCAAUUGACGGGUGUACGCUUUGUGCACGAUGUAAUGAUGUGCACACAGGGUAUCUUACGCGUACAGUGCGUUCAGUAAUCUUUCUGGUCGUCCAUCGGAACGAAUUCGAAGGACGCAGCGGC